AUGAAGCUGUCCUACGAAAACGCAAUGGCGACCGCUGAAGUGGUCUGUUAUACGGUCGCGUUAUCCCUGGCGGUCGCGCUGACAGUGCGACAUGGAUGGCGCAAGCAACCAUGUUGGCCCUCAUUAAUCGCUUUUGCGACCGUCCGGAUUCUCGGCGCCGCAAUGCAACUGGGAACCCUCGCGGCGCCGCUGAACUUCUCUCUGUACCGGGGACCUGCGACUCUGGCGCAUGCUGGACUUCCUCUCCUUUUCUGUACAUUGCUGGGCCUCGUACUGGUGGUUCGCGACAGUGUGCACAAGAGAUGCCAGACGAUUGUCCGAUCAUACGUCAUCCACGUUCAAGCUGUACUUCUUGUCGCGGCAUUCAUUCUGGGUAUCGUCGGAGCGACGUCGGUGCCUGACUCCGACUUUGCGGGAUUCACAACCACAAAAGUUCCGUCUGCCCUCGUUGCAAGCGUGAUCCUCGCUCUGAUUGUAUUUUCAUCCCUCGCUGUCUGCACGGGGUCGUUGUGCUUCUACACCCAAUGCAUCUCGUCAGCGGAAAAGCGUCUAUUGAUCGCGGCCGCGGUUUCUCUGCCCUUCCUGCUCGUGCGCGUCGUUUACUCGGCGCUGUGCGUGUUCUUCGACAAUAUGGAGUUCCACUGGUUUAAGGGCUGUCUGCUCGUGUUUAUUGUCAUGGCCGUGGUCAUGGAAAUGCUAGCGGUUGCCACGUACGUGUGCGCAGGAUUCAUGCCGGGAUAUCGAGGGCCGCGUCAAAUCGCUACUGCAGGUGCAACAAGGGGAAAGAGAGCAGGCAUGCCUGACUCGGAGAAUCUGAUAGCUUUGGACACUCAGUAG